UUAAUAUUGAUUUAAAAAUAAAAGGUCAGCGGUGUUAUGGAUCAUAUGAUUUUAGGUGAAGCUGCUGCUAGGGAAAGGAAGGUUAAUUUCACUUUUGCAUUUGAAAAGGCAGAGAAGGUGAUCGACUGGAAGGAAGGACAUGUGUUUGUCUCGGACCGCGUCGAGACCGAUUGUGUACAGAUCGGCAGGGUUUUGGCUUUGAAUUUAUUUUGAGUCUAAUGGGGGGAGAUGAUCAACAACGGAAACAAAGGAGGGAAGCAUUUAAUUCUCCCGCUGUGACGGAUGGGAAAGCGAGCGAGAGAGAGUUGGACUGGGAAAAGAAACAGGCAAGAGGAGAAAAAGACGCCAAACAACACAGAGGGACAUACAAGCAGCAACUUCCACCCCCGCGGCGCGAGCCUGACCCCCCGUAACUGCGGCACACGGAAAGUUAAUGGAGUGGCGGAGCUGAGCGGGGGUGGGGGGGCUGCGGACAUUUCCUGCAGGUGAUCAGCGCCCCCCGGCCGCGGGGGAUCCCGCUCGGUUCGGGGCCCGAUGCUGGUGGCAGGGAAGCCGGGGUAACGAUGCCUGUGGAAAGAAUGCGGAUGCGUCCAUGGCUGGAAGACCAAAUAAAUUCAAACACAAUACCAGGGUUAAAAUGGCUAAAUAAGGAGAAGAAGAUUUUUCAGAUUCCCUGGAUGCACGCUGCACGACAUGGGUGGGAUGUUGAAAAAGAUGCUCCUUUAUUUAGAAACUGGGCAAUUCACACAGGAAAAUUUCAACCAGGAGUAGAUAAACCUGAUCCAAAGACAUGGAAGGCAAACUUCAGAUGCGCUAUGAACUCCUUGCCUGAUAUAGAAGAAGUCAAAGACAAAAGUAUAAAGAAAGGAAACAAUGCCUUCAGGGUUUACAGGAUGCUACCCUUAUCCGAAAGGCCUUCCAAAAAAGGAAAGAAACCAAAGACUGAGAAGGAUGACAAAUCCAAACAAAUAAAGCAAGAACCAGUUGAGUCAUCUUUUGCAGUGACUAAUGGAAUAACUGAGGUCUCUUCUGACUACUUCCUACCCUCCACUAUAAAAAGUGAAGUCGACAGUACUGUGAAUAUUGUAGUUGUAGGACAGCCCCAUCUUGAUGGCAGUACUGAGGAGCAGGUGAUAGUUGCCAAUCCUCCUGAUGUUUGCCAAGUAGUAGAGGUGACAACAGAGUGUGAUGAGCAGCCCCUCAGCAUGAGUCAGCUGUACCCUCUGCAGAUCUCCCCAGUCUCCUCCUAUGCAGAAAGUGAAACGACAGACAGCAUUCCCAGUGAUGAAGAAAAUGCAGAGGGUCGGCUUCAGUGGCAAAAGAAAAACAUUGAAGGCAAACAGUAUCUGAGCAAUCUUGGUAUGAGGAACACUUCUCAUAUUCUUCCUAGUAUGGCUACCUUUGUGACUUCCAACAAGCCUGACCUCCAGGUCACCAUCAAAGAAGAAAGCUCCCCACUGCCUUACAACAGCUCCUGGCCCCCCUUCCCAGCUGUCCCUCUCCCACAAGUAGUGUCUUCAGCUUCUGCCAGCAGCAGCAGGCCAGACCAUGAGACACGGGCUAGUGUCAUCAAGAAAACAUCAGACAUCACCCAGUCGAGAGUCAAGAGCUGCUAAGCCUCUGACUGUGUCUCUUUAGUUUUGGUUUGUAUUUGUAUUUUAUGUUUCUCUAGAAGAGGUGCAACUCUGACGCACAUUAGACAAAUCUAAGGGAAAGCCUUGACAAUAUAGAACAUUGCUGUGUCCGACUCCAGUACUGGAGCUUUUUAACUCAGGACUCCAGCCAUCAGUAUGUAUACCUGAAAUCAGAUGGAUUUCCAAGGCUACUGCAUAGGAAAAACAGAACUUUGGCCCACUUAUAUAAGCUCCAGUACUUCAUAAGAGGACCAACAACCACAGGGGAAGUGGUGUUGCUGCACUUCUUGCAGUCACAGCUGUGAUGGAACUGAAAGCCUCAGAAUGGAAGAGAAAAUGUGAACUAGCUGGAAUUUUUUUUUUAAAUAAAAAAAAUCUAUUGUGAAUAUGUACAUAGUGCAGUACUAGCAACGUUGCAGUCUGCUUCUGCACCUUAUUAAAAAGCACUUACAAAAAGGCCUUUUAUUACCUUGCUCUAAUUAAUGGCACAUUCAAAGCCCCCUCCCAUCUUUAUUCUUUUCCAAGGCUAUUCUUGCUAACAAGUCUUGAGAAGUAGGGGAAAGAAAAGGAAGGUAAACCUUCCUAUAUGGAUUUCACACAUUGUAAGACUGCUUUUCUCGUGUUUGUUUCUAAUCUGCUAUGCUUGAAUGCCGCGUGGUACAAUAGGAAGAAAAAUAUUACAGAGAUAUUAUGCAAAUUCCCAGAUUUCAAGAAGAAAAAAAGUACUCUAAUUCUAACCAGAGCAAGCUUUUUUAUUUUUUAUACAGGGGAAUAUUUUAUUCAAAGUAAAAUUCUAAAGUGAAUAUAAUUGUUUUUUUAAUCUUUUCUACAGCAAAUUUAUAAUUUUAAGAUUCAGUUCUUGGUGGGUUAUCAGCAGUUAUUACAUCCUUGUGGCACAUUUUUUUAAUUUUGUAAAGGUGAAAUAGCUUUUAUGAGCUCAUGUAGCAAUCAAAUUAUCCUGUGGAUUGAUAAUAAAUAUGAUAUAGAGUUAAAUUUUUAA